UACUGUAGAUAAUUCAUCUGUUUGUUCAACUAGAAGUACCGACGCGUUGGUCUCUUGUCGCGUUUUCAAACUCCGAUGGCUUACGGUAGCCCAGCUAUUAUUGUUUUGCGACGCGACUUGUACCACAACCUGCAAUGGUAUGGUCCUCAAAGCUCGCGUCAGCUUCUACUAAUCUUAUCUUUCGCAGUCUACUCCUCGACGUGCUACAAAAAGGCAAAGGUCGUCUUCACCCGGGGGCUCAUCACCAAUCGCAGCUCCUCGUACUCCUCUUCGUCGUCGAGACUCAGAGUCAUCAUUGCCACCCUCAUCUCCAGUCGCCUUUGAUGACACUGAUGAUAGCAUGGACGAAAGAGAUGCUGUCCCCGACCUUGACGAUGGUGAAGACAACGAUGACGGUGAGGAUCUGUAUGGUGACAAUAUGCAAGAAGAUUAUGGCACCAAUGAGCUUCUCGAUCGAUACGAUGCAACUGGCCUUGACGAUGACGAGGACGUCGAAGAACUCUCGGCCGCAGCGCGUCGCUUAGUAGAGAAAAAAAUGGACAGACGCGACCGUGCUGCGCGAGGUGGCAAGGGUGCUCGAGCUGCUCAGCGGUCGCGUGCUCCCGCAUUUCUGGACGACGACGACGACGAUAUGGAUGAUGAUGAUGAUGAUGAGCUCUUGCGAAUGAAGCGAAGAACCAGGAGACAAUACGAUGAAAGAAGAGACAUGGAUGAUAUGGAUGGACUAGAGGAUGAAAUACCUCUCGAGCAACUCAGUGACAUCAAGGCCAAAUCCAUUGUUGAGUGGAUCGCCAACCCACGUGUCAGGCGUUCAAUUGUCAAGCAUUUUCGCCAAUUUCUAAUGACUUACGUCGACGAACAAGGCGCGUCUGUAUACGGACAAAGAAUUCGGAAUUUGGGAGAAAAUAACUCCGAAUCUCUUGAAGUCUCUUACAGCCACCUAGCUUAUUCAAAACCUAUCCUAGCUUAUUUUCUCACCAAUGCGCCCACUGCCAUGCUUGCCAUAUUUGACGAAGUUGCCCUCACAGCCAUCCUUGUGUACUACCCUGCUUAUGAACGUAUCCACUCCGAAGUACACGUCCGAAUAUGCGACUUGCCUUUCGCGUCGUCAUUACGAGACUUGCGGCGUUCUAAUCUCAACAACCUAGUCCGUGUCAGUGGCGUCGUUACGCGUCGUAGUAGCGUUUUCCCUCAACUCAAAUACGUGAAAUUUGACUGCAAAAAAUGUGGUGCCGUUCUCGGUCCAUUUUAUCAAGAUGCUACCAAGGAAGUCAAAGUGAGCUAUUGCGCAAAUUGCGAGAGCAAAGGACCUUUUCCUGUCAAUUCAGAACAAACUGUCUAUCGAAAUUAUCAAAGGAUGACGUUGCAAGAGUCUCCGGGAUCUGUUCCUGCUGGUCGUCUACCUCGUCACCGUGAGGUUAUUGUCCUCUGGGAUCUGGUAGACAGCGCAAAGCCAGGCGAGGAAGUCGAAAUCACCGGUGUUUACAGAAAUAAUUUUGACGCGUCUCUUAACGCCAAGAACGGUUUUCCAGUAUUUUCGACCAUUAUAGAAGCCAAUCAUGUCAAUAAGAAGGAAGACCUUUUUGCUGCUUUCCGUCUCACUGAGGAAGACGAAAAAGAGAUGCGCGCCCUCUCUCGGGACGAACGAAUUCGAAAGCGUAUAAUCAAAUCCAUCGCUCCUUCUAUCUACGGCCACGAGGAUAUCAAGACCGCCAUUGCUUUGUCACUUUUUGGUGGUGUCUCCAAAAACAUCAACGACAAGCAUCACAUUCGUGGUGACAUCAAUGUUCUCCUAUUGGGUGAUCCUGGUACAGCCAAAUCACAAAUCCUCAAGUACGUCGAAAAGACUGCCCAUCGAUCGGUCUUCACUACUGGUCAAGGUGCUUCUGCGGUUGGUUUGACCGCGAGUGUGCGCAAAGACCCGGUCACACGCGAGUGGACUUUAGAGGGAGGCGCACUAGUGCUUGCGGAUAAAGGUACAUGCCUUAUAGACGAGUUUGACAAGAUGAACGACGCGGAUCGGACAUCUAUUCACGAAGCGAUGGAGCAGCAGUCUAUCUCCAUCUCAAAAGCAGGUAUCGUUACGACACUACAAGCUCGUUGUGCCAUAAUAGCGGCAGCUAACCCGGUUCGGGGAAGGUACAACCCGACGAUACCAUUCCAACAGAAUGUCGAACUGACCGAGCCCAUUCUUUCACGUUUCGACGUGUUGUGUGUGGUAAAGGAUACGGUUGACCCGGUAAUGGACGAGCUGUUGGCGCGGUUCGUAGUCGGAAGUCAUUUGAGAAGUCAUCCUUCCUUCGACAAGCAGGCGGAUGAGAUGGAUGUUGGAACUACGGUCGACGAGGAUCUUAUUCCUCAGGACAUCCUCCGCAAGUACAUUAUGUAUGCGCGCGAAAAGAUCAAGCCGAAGCUAUACCAGCUCGAUCAGGACAAAAUCUCGAGACUGUUCGCUGACCUCCGACAUCAAUCCCAAGCUACUGGUUCAUAUCCAAUUACUCUGCGUCAUUUAGAAAGCACGAUUCGUAUGGCAGAGGCCAGCGCGAAAAUGUCUUUUCGGGAGUACGUUCGUGCGGAUGAUGUCGACUUGGCCAUUGAAGUCGCCGUAGGCAGCUUUGUGAGCGCACAGAAGAUGAGUAUCAAGAAGACGUUGCAGAGGGGUUUCAGAAAGUACCUCACACAAUCCAAAGAUCACGAAGAAUUGCUGGCAUUCUUGCUCGGAAAUAUUGUCAAGGAGAAGGCUAGGUUCUACAUGCUCCAGCGACAUGAACAGCCUGAGUUGAUCCAGGUUAAGACCAAAGAAUUGGAGGAACGGGCCAAGGAACACGAAAUUUAUGACAUCUCAUCCUUCCUGCACUCCAAAUUGUUUGCUGCAAAUGGCUAUAAGCUCAAGGAUGAGAAUAUCGAAAAGAAGUUUAGAGUAGACUGAUAUUGUAUGGUCAUGCAUGUUGUACGUUUUGCUUUCGCUGUUGUUGUAUUUUAGUCGAAUAUGUGUUUGGAUUCAUUCAAUAUUCUAUCAGUUGGGGCUGAGCUAGGAGUAUAAGAUAACUACCGAUACAGUAAGACAAAGACAGUCUAUGUGGAGGUGCUUCG